CAGCGACCAGGCGGAGGAGGGGGCGGCUUCGGUAGGAUAGGCGGCGGCGGGGAUUGUUAAGAGGCCAGGGCCUCAGAGGCGGACCUUUGAACCAAGAUGGCGACAAUGAUCGAAAGCAAUACCUGUAUUGUAAAAUCCUUAGAAAAGGAAUUUGAUAUGAUAGAUUAUAGUCAGUGGGAGAGAACAGAUAGACAUGGAAGGAGUCGCAGUGCACAGACUUCUUCACUUCCACCCAUCAAGUGGUCACCAGAAGCUUUAGGAAAUCACUGGGCGAUUGUGAAGAAAGACAGGGAAAAAUCAGCAGCAUAUCGUGCUCCUCAACAGCAGAACAAGUCAGAAGGUAUGUUCCGGCCGAAUAUAGAUCAGCUCUCUUCAAGCAAAUGCAAUUAUCCCUGGCAGAAAAGAAUUGUUGUAAGGGAGGAUGAUCCCUGCUAUGUUGAAAUGCAAAAAAAAAUUGCUAUACUUAAGUAUCUAAUAACAGCAAAGAAGAAGCAGAUGGAUGAGUGCAAGCAAUAUAGCAAGAACCUCCUGGAUAUGAACAUGAAACUGGCAAAGGAAAUGAAAGAGAUGGAUGAAGUUGCUAUGAAAGAUUCCAGAAACCUCCUGGUUCAGUACACCAAGUUUAAGAAAGGAAUUUCUGGUGUAAGUGAAUGGAAGCGACAGGAGAUUGAAGCAGCAAAAAUUGACCUCAAAGACACUGAGGAAAUAGUGGGGCAAAAAUCUGGAGAGUUGCAUCGUCAAUUGGAAGAAGUUGACUCCAACAUUCGAAAUGCACAGGAGGAACUUAACAUGCUGAAGGGCUAUAGAGACAAAGAGCUCCCUGUAUACUCUUUGAAAAUUGCAGAGCUGCAAAGAGAAAUUGGGAAACUCGCAGAAAAGCACCAGGCUGAGCUGGAUGAUAUAGAGCAGAUUGCACUUGAAGAAAAGAAGAAGUUGGAAAGUGCAUUGAAGGAGAGAGAACAAGAAAUAUUACAUAAGAUCGCUGAGGAACAAUUCCGUUUCAUUCCUCCAGGAUUGCAAGAGCUAAUGUUUCACAAUACAGUGAUGAAGAAGGAAAUAGAAGUUCACAGAGAGGUGAACAAGAAUAUGGAAAGAAAUAACUUGACGUUACAGCAGAAACUGUUACAACUACUGAAAUCAAAGAGCGACUCCAGAGAGGAGAUCUUCGCAGAUAUUCUUAAAAAGCAGCCAAAGUGCACACCAGACAUGGACGUUGUGUUGAACAUCCCGAGAGAAGCGUGCCUUCCUAUUUAACUCCAGGCCCUUGUCCUAUUUUGAACACUGACUUGGUCUUUAUAAUGAUACAUUCUUGAUAUAUGAGUCUCCACUGAAUAGCCUUAGCUGGAAUUACUAAGUGUACAGAAGAUACAGAGCAAGACUGGAUAACAAUCAUGCAG